CACUGAGAGGGUGAGACCAAGCACGGCAAGAAGUAUACGAUAUUAUGGCAACAGAUCCACUAAGAAUGGCAAAUGGAACAGUGCUGUUCAUUCCCCCUAAUGGUGCCAACAUAAUCCAGGCAGGCCAGAUAAUCCCUGGUACUGUUUUCCAGACAUCAGGGAUUCUACAGUAUCCAGGCCUCCAGCCUGGAAGUCCCAACAACCUACCGGAGCCAAACCAUCAGGUGGGGUUAAGAGAAAAACUCUACAAAGCAGAGACCAAGACUCUUGGAGCCAUCCAGAUCAUAAUUGGAAUGAUACACAUUGGCUUUGGGGGUGUCUCAGUUGUUAUUCAUAGGAUGGCCUAUGUUCCUUUUGCCACGGUAGCAGGUUAUCCAUUCUGGGGUGGACUAUUUUUCAUUGUUUCUGGAUCCCUUUCCGUUGCAGCUGAGAAACAUCAGGACAUCUGCCUGGUGAAAAGAAGUGUGGGAAUGAACAUCACAAGUGCUGUAAUGGCAGCUUUCGGAGUUGUUCUGUAUAUAACAGAUUUAGCUAUAAAUCCACUUUAUUAUUAUUUUUCAUAUGACUCUACUUUUCUAAGGUCUGCAGGUUUGGGUCUUAGUGUCAUGCUUCUCUUGUUCAGCGUCCUUGAGUUUUGCAUCACCGUUUGGACAACAUAUUCUGGGUGCCAGGCAACCUCUUCCAGCAGUGACAUGACGAUGAUGAUGGUACCCUACUCUGUCAGUGCAGGGGGUGUGAUGCCUGCUGAAGACACUCCUGCUCCUCCUCCCUAUGAUUAUGUGGUUUCUGCUCAAAAGCACAGCAAGUGUUGGUGGGGGGAGAAUUUUCCAUGACCUGGUGAACACAGGUCUUCCCUCUUUCAAGAAAAACUCCUGGAGACAUGAGGAGUUCACAGUGUCCUUUGUUUCCCCUUUCCUCUCUACACAGUAGCUUCCUGUUUUGGAGCAAGGAAAUUAUGCCACUCCGUUUCCCCAGAACUACCAUCUCAAAUCUCCAGUGGCCAAACAGGAGCCAAGCUUGGUAAAAGCCCCACUUGGCCCCACCUACUUUCUAAGAACACUUGGUGGCCACCAGGAAAGGUAUUGGCGGUGCGAUUUGAUCAGCCUUUAUUGGCAUAUAACAAACAGAACAAGAUGGUACAGAAAAAAGAGCACAAAAUAUACUAUAAAAAAUUGAGUGAUAUUAGCAGCUAUUUAUGAAGCUUCUCCUGGCUCAGCUUUAUAGCAAAUUGUAAAAACUUUGCUACCUUCUCAGUUAUAUCAGAGGAGAAAUCAUUUAAGAGACUGUAAACCUUUCAGGGAUCAGAAAAACCCAUCAUAUUAGCCAAAAUAGAGCUUAGAUAUUUAGAAUGGAUAUCAGUAUAAAAAGGGCAAUAGAAGAGAGCAUGUGGAAUUGUCUCGAUACAGCUGGUAUUACAAAGACAGUAUCUGGCCGCAUAUGGUAUCUUUGGGAAUCUGCUGUAUAAAGUCACAGAUGACAAAGCGUUAAAUCUAGCUCUGUGUUGUUGUGGAAUUUGCAGAUAAUAGAAGUAUGUGGCCAUACGACCCACUACCAAUGAAAUCUCCAAACUCAAAGGACAGCAAGUUUUGUUAGCCAUAUAGAUUUUGGAAUUAAACAUCCAAAAUUCUACAUUUAAUCAUUUGAUAUGCACCUGAAAAUGGGAGUAUAAACAGUGAGUCCAGAGAUGUACCCGUCAUAGUGAUUUUCCCCUCAACACCAGCUAACCAAUUGGUUUGUGGUAGGAAGGGGGUGGUAGAGAGAUGCUUAGGAUUUAGUCCUAAACUCCUAAAUCUUUCACAAGCAAACAAUGUAUCAAUGAUUUACCUUUCAGUUUGUGCAUCUGUCUUUUGUUUAUUGUAAUGUUUAUCCCUCCCAUCAUUCAAAGACCUCAGAAUGAUUUACAUGAGUCUCUUCUCUGCCUUGUUUUAUCCACGCAGUACCCCUCUGAGGUUAAGUUAGGCUGAGAGAGACUAUCACUGCUCUAAGGUCAGCCAGUGAGCUUCAUGCCAAACAGGAGAUGUGAACCUGGGUCUCACAGGUUGCCAUCCAACACUCUAGUCCAUGAGUCCCCAACGUGGUGCCUGUGGGCACAAUUAUGCCAGCAGAACCUUUCCUGGGGCCUGACAAGUGUUUUUAGAAAGUGGGUGGGGCUAGGUCGGGCUUUUGCAAAGCAUGGCUUCUGAUUGGCCAUUGGAGUAUUAAUUGGCUGUGCAGAGUUUUAAAAACAUUGGUUUGGCAGAAACUGCUUCUAUGGCACAAGGAUCUUCACUGUGUGACUGAAGCUGUAGUAGCCAUUUUGUGGCUGGCUCUACCUCUUUCAGCAGCCAUUUUGUGGCAGCUGCUUUGUUGCUGUGCCCACCACAUUGUGUCAGAAUUCCAAAAGGUUGAGGACCCCUGCUCUAGUCACUACACCACACUGGGGACCAAUAGAGAAAGACCUGUUCAACUCUUGAAGCUAUCCAUUCAUAGACACCUAUAGGAUACCUAUAAAGACACCUAUAAAGAUAACAUCUGCCAAAUUUCUAACCUGAAGAAGGAAUUCAGUUUCUGAAACAGUUGAAUAUGUGAGACCUGGAAUUCAGCAAUCAAUGGAAUCUAGACAACUUGAACAGAAGAAGUUAAAAGACUUUCAGUCCAUUUCCCCCCUAUCCAUAAGAAGCAGGAGGUAGACUUGGUCAUCAAUGACUUUGCAACAUGUAUUGUUUGAAAGACUUUCCUUUAAGAUACUCCAAAGAUGAUUUCUCUGUCAUCUAUUUUCUAUAUAAUUUAAACAGUAUAUGAUCCCUUAAUGACCUGCACUGUCAUCUUGUGAUUAUAUUUGAUUUUAUGUAGCAUUAUCAAGUACAGAAUAUGUACGUUGGGAUAUUUAAUUGCUAUUUAAUAAAAGUGUU